UUUUUCGUGGUGCAACAAAGUCUUUAAUAAUAAACACAAUCAACCAUGCGCAUGAAGCAAUAUCCAAAUGGAUUUUUGCAGACUAUUGAAUUGCUUAAUUUAUUAAUGAAAAACUAUGUUUACAGAUGGAAUUGGAGCCAGAAUCCUCUACUUUGGUAAUAUUAUUUGUUCUGUUGAGUGCACUCGAUAAACUCACACCCACACUUUCUUCCUGACCGACCAACAUUUGAAUUUAUGCAUAAAAUUCUCACACUAUAGGACGAUAUAGCUAUAACCUUUCUGUUAAGCACACUAAAACUAUGCAGUUGUGUGCAGCAGUUCCUGCAUUAUUUCAUGUCUCUGUUUAGCACCUUAUUCCCAUUGCACGGCUGUUAUAUUUGUAAUGUGUGUCAAAGCUAACAGGAGCGUAGAUGGUUGAAUUUCCACUCAUAACCACAGCAGUCAAUCAUCGUGUAAGAAGUCCUCACGGUCAAUUUGCUGUUGGCUCUUAUACCAGGUGGUGUACAGCAUCUGUAAUGUUUCUCAGGAGGUUAAGUAGAAUUCAGAAAUAAUUAGUUGCACUCAGAACAUGUUACAUGAGAGACAUUUUUCCAUUUAGGCGGAACGCACAACAUAGUUUCCAUGCAACUAAAACCGCUUAAGUGUUAAAAGCUGCAGAAUAUAGGCUAACCUACUCUAAUCCCACAGUUUAAAGCUGGAAAGUAGUUAAAGACAAAGGGAUUGAUAUUCUACUUUUGCCCUUGAGUGAAACAAGAGGGAGGGAGAGAGGGACGAGUGGGAGAGAUUGUGUGUGCGAGGGAGACAGGGACAUGAGAGAUAAUCUCUUUUGUAUUUUUGAUCCCUAAAUGUGGUGGUUGUGUCCCCUUAUCCCAGCUACUUAGUCUCUGCAAUGAGUAAGUGAUGCCAUGCACUUAGGCUGUGAAAAGCAGGUCAGUAUGACCACAGAGAGAAAACCACAUGUGCAUCACAUGGAUAGCCCUGGGAUUAUUCCUCACAAAAUGUCUUAAUUCCUCUGUUCACUAAUGAUCCAGGGAAAAUGCCCUCUAAUCUCCAUUCCAUUAAUUAAAAAGAGCAUGAGCCCGUGGAAAACCUCACCAUCUGCUGCAGCUUCAUUCCUGCAGACAGAUUGUGUUUUCAGUUUUUAACCAGGGGAACUGGGUUUUUUAGAGCAAUCGGGUGGAGCAUACAUUGAGGUAGAUAGUAAACAGAUACAACUGCUCUGUUUGAGUAUUAAUGCGCUGAAAUAUGCUGGGGAAAGAAAAAAAAAUCUGUUUUAAACAAGAGGAAUUGCUGCCAGGGUUCUGCAAUGACAACUGGGAAUAUGAGCUGCUUCCUGAGCCCAAUUUUUCAACUUGCAGACAUCAAACCAAUACUGAGUAACCCAAAAAAAGAAAAAAAAAACUCCUUAGAGCCAUUGUAUAGAAGAAGUAUUAACUUCUGCUAUAAAAAAAGGGUGUGUAUUUUUCAUUUGUUUAGAAAUGACAGUCGCUUUAGUCUUUUGAGAGAUUGCUUUUACGCCUUUUUUUAUGAAGAAGAGUCUUGUAAGAUGGUCUUACUUUCUUCCUUUUCUUCCUUUUUCGACAAAACAACUAAAAAAUAAAAUAUUGUAUCUUCACAGUGAUGUUAUUUAUAUUAUUUAGCCGUUCGGGUUCAGGGUGGCAGCAAUGGUGUCCUUAAAAGUUUCUUAUUUAAUCAGUAAACCCAAAAUCUCUGAAGCCACAAUUUCAACUUCUUUUACAGUGCUGUGCUGUGAUGAGAAUUUUGCAUUUAAAAUAAAAUAAAAUUAAAAAAAUCCUUCGAGAAUUAAUGCAGCUAAAGAAACCAAAACUGUCACUUUUAACAAGUUAUGUGAGUCACAGUAAAUUUGCUGCAGGAAGAUUGGUUUAGAUCCGAUUAUGCUAAACUGUAUCUCUUCAAAAUGAUGAAACAGUCUUAUAAGAAAUUGAAUCAAGUGUUUGACCCGCGGUCAGAGCCUGGAGACUGUGACAUGAAUUUGAUCAGGCUAGUAGGCAGGAAAGAUUAUCCGAGCAGAUGUCGUUUCCCUCCUAUUGGAACAGUAGGGCCAAUAAUAAACAAACGCACACACAGACACACAAAGCGCACACUAAUCUGAGAUAGGCGAGUAGCCCUUGCGCAUCCCUUUCUCUCUCCUCUCUUUCUCUCAGGCAGACAGACGCUGUGCCAGUCCCGCCAAUGUCAAGUUUAUACCAGACUGUAUUUUGCACAUUUCCUCUCGAAUGAGCACACUUCAGACUGAGACUUGGGAGUGAGAUGCGGCUUUACUUCAGCCCACAGAUGGACACACCAGGCGCGGAGAAGAGAGUGUUUGGGAAAUGGCACGCCGUGUGCCGUUUAGCGUUGCUCACUUGGGUCUUGGAUGCAGCCUGGGGACAGAUUCGGUACUCCAUCCCUGAGGAGUUGGAGCAUGGAGCUUUUAUUGGCAAUAUUGCAGAGGACCUGGGCUUGGAUCUGAACAAGCUCUCAGCGCGCAGAUUCCGGAUAGUCUCAGGCGCCAGGAAGCAGUAUGUGGAGGUGAAUUUGGAAAACGGAGUUUUGUUUGUCAAUGAAAGAAUUGACCGUGAAGAACUAUGCGAGCAGAGUUUGUCCUGUUCCUUUCACCUGCAAGUGGUCAUAGAAAACCCUCUGGAGCUUUACAGGGUGGAGAUGGAAAUCUUGGACGUUAAUGAUAACUCUCCCAGCUUUCCAUGGACUGAGUUCAAUCUGGACAUAUCAGAGUCGGCAGUGCCAGGAUCCCGUUUCCCACUUGAGAGCGCACAGGAUUUGGAUGUCGGUUCCAACUCGUUGCGCACCUAUUUGCUGAGCGUAAAUGAGCAUUUUCUCUUGGAUAUACAGACUCGCAGUGAUGGCAGUAAAUUUGCAGAGCUAGUCCUGCAAAGCCCACUGGACAGGGAGCAGCAAAGUGCGCAUCAAAUGGUCCUAACUGCGGUGGAUGGGGGCGCGCCGGAGAGAUCCGGCACUGCGCAAAUUGAUAUCACCGUUUUGGAUGCAAAUGACAACGCACCUGUGUUUGAUCAGUCUUUUUACAGGGUGAGACUCGCCGAAAACGCACCAAAGGGUACAGUUGUCAUAAAACUUAAUGCGUCCGAUCUAGAUGAGGGUCCCAAUGCUGACAUAACCUACUCAUUCAGCGGCCACGCUCCCCUCAAAGUGCGCCAGCUCUUCACCGUUGACGCGCGCACCGGGGAAAUCAAAGUAAAAGGCGUGAUAGAUUAUGAAAAAGCGAGGAUGCAUGAAAUAUAUGUCCAGGCUAAAGACAAAGGCCCAUCAGCCGUGGCAGUUCACUGUAAAGUCCUCGUAAAUGUUUUGGAUAAAAAUGACAACCUCCCAGAGGUGAUCCUCACAUCCGUGUCCACACCUGUACAGGAGGACGCGCCCCCUGGGACAGUGAUUGCUGUCAUCAGCGUCAUGGACAAAGACUCAGGUGAGAAUGGAAAUGUGGACUGUGAGAUCCCCCAUCACGUCCCAUUUCAGCUCCACUCAUCUUUUAAGAACUAUUACACAUUAGUAACUUCUGAUUUUCUGGACAGAGAGGCAGUCGCCGAGUAUAACAUCACCCUCACUGCCAGGGAUAUGGGCUCCCCACCUUUAUUCACGCGGAAAACUAUUCUAGUCCAAGUGUCUGAUGUUAAUGAUAACGCGCCUCGUUUCAAGCAGCCCUCAUAUACUGUGUAUCUGACUGAGAAUAACGCGCCGGGUGCAUCCAUCUGCUCUGUGACUGCGCAGGAUCCAGAUUCUGGACAAAACGCGUACCUCUCUUACUCUAUAAUGGACGCGGACAUUCAAGGUAUGGCCAUGUCUACAUACGUGUCCAUCAACUCGGAUAAUGGGAACAUUUACGCACUGCGGUCGUUUGACCAUGAGCAACUUAAAAACUUUCAGAUCACAGUUCAGGCGCAAGACGCCGGUUUUCCACCUCUGAUCAGCAAUGUUACAGUGAAUAUCUUCAUUCUGGAUCAGAACGAUAAUGCACCUAUCAUCGUGUCACCAGUCACGAAAAAUGGCACGGCACCAAUCGAAGCAUUGCCCCGAUCUGCAGAUGCCGGUCACCUUGUCACCAAAAUCAGCGCAGUGGACGCAGACGCGGGUCAGAACUCGCGUCUCUUUUAUCAGAUGCUCCAAGCAACUGAUCCGAGCUUGUUCAGCGUGGCCCUGUACACGGGGGAAAUCAGGACAAUCCGCCAGUUGGUGGAGAAAGACCCCACGAGGCAUAGACUGGUCAUUCUCGUGAAGGACAAUGGUCAGCCGCCCCUCUCGGCCACAGUUUCCAUCAUCCUGUCAGUGGUUGACAGCCUGCCAGAUCUACAGCCCGAUCUGGGUGACCUGUCACUAAGCCCGCAUCACAGCUCCAACUUCACCCUCUACUUAAUCGUGUCUCUGGGCGCAAUCUCCUUCACGUUUCUGGUGGCCAUAAUCGUCCUUGUUACAGUGCGCAGACUGAAGGGCAGACCGUCCAACAGAGAGUCCAACUUUCCCUCCAUCGGCGCGUGCUGCUGUGGUAGCUCCUGCACGCGCUCAGAAGCAUCCACCACAACAGAAGUGUUCAAAAAGUCGAAUCUAAACGUCCGGAUGUCCGCAGGCGCGCCCGUCUGUGCAGAGGCAACCAGCAAUGGUGCAGUCCCGCAGGUCUACUGCUAUAAAAUGUGUCUGACCCCGGAAUCGUCCAAAAGUGACUUCAUGUUCCUCAAACCCUGCAGCCCGGUGAUGUCAGUACAGCAGAAUAAUGCCAAGAGCACAGAUUAUCUGACCUCUGGCUGGAGCGCGCUGGACCGGAAUGAGCUGGCCAACAACAGAGCAACGACCCCAAAUGAGGUAAUAUGGCCCACUGAAAUAUACCCAAACAUAUAUUCCCAAAUAAAAAAGAUAUUAGGGGGUUCUUUCUCUCAUCAUAUCACUUAAGUCUCCCACUUAUACCAAAACUAGAGCACUAGUCAUCCCUCUGUCUCACAUUAAUCAGACAUGACAGCCUGGUUGACUGCAGGGGCAAAUUACAAUGAAUCUGACACACUAAAGGACGCUCUUAACUUUUAUUAAAGCUCCUGUGAGGAGGUUUUCACUGGUUUAAAACUACAAAUGCCAGCGAAUGGAAUGAUAAUCUAAGUAUUGUUAAAGGUUUGUAACCACAGAUUAUCUACAGCAUACUGAAGAAAUGUCCUUUUUAAUAAUUUUACUAGCUAGUAUUCACAACAAAUGUUAAUCUGACUUCACUUCAUCUAAAAAACACUUCUUACUUGUGUACGAAGUCAAGACAGUUAUGAAACUGCCACUGUCCACAGGAGCACCUAAGUCAAACCAAAAAGUUCCUCAAAAGAACUUUAAAUUGUGUUCAAAAGUGUUUAAAUGAAAGUAAGUUCAUUACAAGACGCAUCUUCUAGUGCUGAAAAAUUCUGUUAAUCCAAAACUGCACCCGAGUGUUCGCUUCAGGACAGCUUCAAAAGCCAAGGAUUCCCCAUUGACACCAUGCUAAAAAUGUUCAGUUCUAGAGCAAAAUCAAACACAUUUAAAGUCUGAUGCAAAGUAAUUAAUUUUGGUCUGCAUAGCUCAAUUCUUUAUUUUUACACGUGUUUUUUUCAUCACUCAUACAUUUUAAGGGUAUUAAGGGUUUUGUAUAAAUUAGGGGUGCAGCUAAAUUGACUGAUAAGUAGGUACAGUGUUGCUGUUUGCAUGGAGUAAAGGCCUGACUCAGGUCUGCCUCAUUGCUUGUGCUUGGACUGAGUCAAAGUCAGCAUUCCCAAUAUGGCAUGCCCCAUUAGUAGUCUUCAAAAGCCAAAUAUUUGUGGCUCAAUUGAAGCACUGAUUUGUAUAAGGGAAUCAGAACAUCUGUUUCAAUGAAUGACAUUUCCUUGACCUUUCUUUCUCCAAAACUUUUUUUCCAUAUCAAAAGGGCAGCAUGAGCAUGGUUUUAAGACAGGGAGUGUUUGUCCAUGUUCACAGUCUUAAGCAAACUCCUGCACACUUCCUGUAGCAUACAUUUAACUGCAUGGUUCCAUACUUAGAUAUAGUAAAUAAAUUCAAUCAAGAUUUAAUUUGAUAGUUCAGCAGGAUGCAGAAGAUUACUUUGGCAUUUUUAAUGCACUGGUUUUUCUCUUAGACUUGUCUUGUGAAAUAGAUGUGCAUUUUUUUUAUAAAACCACUCUACAUUUCAACCUAAGUCCCACUUGUGAAGAGACAAAUGGACAAUAUUAAUUUCAGGUUUUGUGGUGUCACCCUUUGGACACCUGUCUGGACACCCCCCAGUAUAAAACCUCCUCAGAAACCACUUAGUGAAGUCACUUAGACUAUAUCCAUGUUUGGAAUAUAAUCAAGUCAACAGUCUUUAUAAAUAAGUACAGCUAGGCUAUACUUAAAGCCUUGAAUGUUAUCUAGGGGUUAAAAAUAGCAUAAAAUGUAUGCCUACUCUGCAAGGAUUUAUGCAAGAAAUCCAUUAGAAUAUAUAGCCUCCAACAACCCACAUGUUAUGACAGCAUACCCUGCAGUCUGGGUAAAUUACCACAGUGUGUCAAGGUGCAUGACACCCGCAUAAAAGGUGUUGCAGAGAUAAAAGAGAUGCAUAUUUUUAUCACAGACUUGAAGCUGUCUUUUGAUCUUGCUGUAGUCAACAGUGUCAGUACUUCCAUAUAUCCAACCUCAAAUUAGCUACAUAAGCAGAUUAGCUACUAACUGGUUUGGAGAGUUAAUUUUGCUCCAUCUUUAUGAGACGAUAACAUCUUUUCUAUCAUCUGGCAAUGUGAAAAAUGCAUAUAAUUAGAUAAUUAUAUAUCAGUUUAUUCCUUGGAGGGUAAAAUAAAUAAAAAGUUCUUUUUGUUAUCCAACUUUUCUUAAUUAUAUUUGACUUUGUUAGAUACUCUUGACAUGAAUCUGAACCAUCAACAACCAAGUUGCCUUUAACCGUAAAACUUUUUGAACCUGAUAUAGCCUUUACAUAUACAUUUUUAUUCAGAUAUAACUGAUAACUGAUAUAACUAAGUUUUUUUCUGUUUCAACUGUGCAGCUAAAAUACUCAAAUAGGGAUUGGACCUUGACCAAGAACCAACGCAACUCAGCCUACAAGAGGUGAGCGCACAGUUUAACCAAUUACAAUAUGCAUACAUGACAACACGAUCACUCAACCAUGCUUCUACGGUGCUGUCUCUUCAGGUAUAGUACGGCAAACAUGGAGGGUACUCUGUCUCGUCAACAAAAGUACGACGCUGAUGGCUUUUCCUGCCCUGUAGCUCCACAGUACUGGACGUGGGGGAACCACAUGAAAGGUAGGUGGUAACUCUGUAUUUUGGCUCUUUAUUACAUACUUGAAAGUGGGCGAUGGCACGGGGGCUCUCCUCUGUCUGAGCCUGGGGAUUUAUCCUGAAUUAUAAAACAGUAAACUGAAAGCAGAUAAUACCCAGCCCACAAACUGUAGGGGGAUUUUAAUACAUCAACACGAGGAUUACUUAAGUCCCUGCAAGAAGUGUUUAGCCUUUUUUUGCUGGAAAAAUUUAAGAAGAUGCCUUUAAAGCCACCUUAUUCAGAUCAAGUAUACUGUAUGUAAAUAUGAGCUCUUUGCAGGAAUUAUCUGCCGAUACAAACACUAAUUUAUGCACAUUUUUAUAGACUGCAAGAUGUCUCUUCAAGAGGGAGCAGUUCCUAACUACUCAUGGGUUCCAAAGUACACUCAGCCUCAUUCUGAGCCUCCAGAUUACCAGCACAAUGUCUAUAUACCUGGCACCCCGUCUGACUACAGCACCCUGAAGCUGGCUCCCAGAGGAGAGCUGGAUGUCUACAACACUUUCUCUACAUUUGGAAAGAAAAAGAAAUACAUCUCACACUAUGAACAAACUUUUGACAGGGAUGAUGGUAUCAUAAGCAACGACAUCUUCAAAUGAUUUAACAUCCUGUGUAUUCUGUGUAAUGUAAAUGCUAUGAAAUGGUUUCACUUUAAAACUUUACAUUUCUUCUGCUGUGUGAGUAUUGUUUUUGGAGGCUACGAGACUGUUUCUUCUUUUGUGAGGUUAUUCAUUAACCAGAAAAUAUUUAUAUUUUUGUAAAUACUUAAAUAAGUAUGAAAAAGUCGGUAACACUUUGACGCCUAUCUCUAUAACACAUUAUAAAUAUAUGUAUAAUGCGUUAUAAUCACGUUAUAGCACUGAAUAACUAUAGUUAUAAACACUUAUAAAUGAUCAUAAUGCUUUAUAGCAAUAAUCAUAACACAUUAAAAAGCAUUUUAUCAUGACUUACAAGGUCAGGUAUUAUAAUGUGCUAUAGCUGUUGCACUGCAUUAUCUAUGUGGGCAUUGUCAGUAAGUUAUUAACAGUUAUAGCACAUUAUAAUAUCUGACCUUGUAAGUCAUGAUAAAAUGCUUUAUAAUGUGUUAUGAUUUUUGCUAUAAAGCAUUAUGGUCAUUUAUGAGUGUUGUAACUAUAGUUAUACAGUGCUAUAAUAUGAUUAUAAUGCAAUAUACAUAUAUUCAUAAUGCAUUAUAGAGAUAGGCGUCAAAUAAAGUGCUAUCAAAAAGUCCAGUAUCAAAGCUGCAUACUCUGCAGCCACCUGUGAGCUCAGGAUUUGCUCUGUUUUGAAGUUACCAGUGCUCUGUAAAAUCAAAGUGAAUGUUCUACUUAAAAAAAAAAAAGUUAUUUCUUAAUUUUAACAUACUAAUAAUACAUGAAAUGUCCAUGUACCAAUCAAAUAUACUGUAUGUACAUGCACUUUAUUGUCUUAACAGGGACAGUUAGGUGCAAUAUUGUGUGUCAAAGCUGUGGACCAUCUAACUGUAACUUCGAGUACUCAUUUAUUUUUGUUAUAAAUUCAAUGUGUGUUGAAGAAAAAAAAAAUUGACUUAAUCAUUGUGGGCAUUAUUUUUUUUUACAAAUGCUGAAGGAUAACACAACGCAGCUACCACAGUAGUUGCUCAUGGAGUUGAGAAGUGUCAUCUAAUUAUGCAUGUUGAAUUUUAGUAACAGGUCAUUAAGUGUGAAAACAGUCCAAUUACAAUGCACAUACAAUGCAAACAAUGAGUGGAGGUGAUUUUAACAUUUCAAGCAGCACAUGUUCAUUGAAAAGGGAAAAGGACUUUAGAAGAGGUGCAUAUGAUUUUAGAAAUAUGACUUCAAAAUGUUAAGAGUAACGAUCAAGAUUUAAAAGAGCAGGGUUCACUGAACGAUUAUGGUACAAGGAACAGCAGCACAGAUGUAAUGGUUUUAAUUUGGAUUGGGUAAAACACCGUAAUAAUGACACAUCGCAUUAAAAUGUUGACACAUGAGGGCAAUAACAGCUACAAUGCCACUGCAGUAACCCUCUGUUUUUAAGGUCACUGCUGUUUCAGAUGUUGUAUGAAUCUCUGAUCUGUUGUCAUUAUUGGAUGUGAUUUGUAUCUCCAUCAUGAAACUGUAUAUAUAUAAAUAAACAUAUAUAUAAAUUCUAUGUACAGUAUGUACUGAUGAUAAGAAAUCUGUUCUCAUCUCAAUAGUUGUAAUGUGUCAGUUUGCUGAUGCUGAACUGGUGUGUUGAUAUGUUUAUGAACUGACAGAUCAACUUAGUAGGGGGAUGGGCGGAUGGAUAUCUGAGCUUAACAUACUGUAUAAAACUGUGUUCUGUCAGCAGCAUGUUUUCAGUUCAAAUGAAAUAAGUAUACAAUACACAAUAAAUAAACUUUGACACUA